AUGUCUUCGGUUCUACGACUUUUCAAGAUCGGAGCGCCUGUUCCCAAUGUGCGUGUUCACCAGCUGGACGCAUCUCUCCUCGACGCCGAGCUCGUCGAUCUGCUGAAAAACCAGCUGUUCAAGGGCUUCACAAACUUCCAUCCCGAAUUCAGAGACAAGUACGAGUCUGAGUUGGUUCUGGCGCUCAAGCUGAUUCUCUUCAAGCUGACUGUAUGGGAUCACGCCAUCACCUACGGUGGAAAGCUGCAAAACCUCAAAUUCAUCGACUCACGACACUCUUCAAAGUUACAGAUCCAACCCAGUGUGAUCCAGAAACUCGGAUACGGCAUUCUAGUAGUGGGAGGCGGGUAUUUGUGGUCUAAAAUCGAGGGCUACCUUUUGGCGCGCUCGGAGGAUGACGUGGCGACAGAUGGAACCUCUGUGCGUGGAGCCAGUGCGGCUCGAGGCGCUCUCAAGGUGGCCAACUUUGCAUCUCUGCUCUACUCGGCAGCCACCCUCGGCAACUUUGUGGCAUUUCUGUAUACUGGCCGCUACGCUACCGUGAUCAUGAGACUGCUACGGAUCAGAUUGGUGCCCUCGCAGCGAACGUCAUCUCGACAGGUGUCGUACGAGUUCCAGAACAGACAGCUCGUGUGGAACGCCUUCACCGAGUUUCUCAUUUUCAUCCUACCGCUGCUUCAGUUGCCCAAACUCAAGCGGCGAAUCGAACGCAAGCUGCAGAGUCUCAAUGUGACUCGUGUGGGUAACGUGGAGGAGGCUUCUGAGGGCGAGCUGGCCCAUCUGCCUCAGAAGACCUGUGCUAUUUGUUUCAGGGACGAAGAGGAGCAGGAAGGAGGCGGAGGAGCGUCGCAUUACUCGACAGAUGUCACAAACCCCUACCAGGCAGACUGCGGACACGUGUACUGCUACGUGUGUCUAGUGACCAAGCUGGCCCAAGGGGACGGAGAUGGAUGGAACUGCUACCGAUGCGCCAAGCAAGUGCAGAAGAUGAAGCCCUGGGUGGAUGUGGACGAGGCCGCUGUGGUUGGAGCAGCAGAGAUGCACGAGAAGGUUGACGUUAUUGAGCAUGCUGAGGACAAUGAACAAGAGGAGGAGGAGUUUGAUGAUGAUGACGAGGACAGCAACUUUCAGCUUAUGAAAGAUUAA